UGAUCAUUUUAUCUCUUUCAGCCGUUUGGCCCUAUUCAAACAAUACCUGAAUAUGUGAACCUUGAUGGCAGGGGGCCCUUGUGGCCUGCGCUCCAACUUAUACUCUAUCCUAACAAUCGGAAAUACCAGGUCGACAAGAUGUUUGCCCGGCCGUUUACCUUAAGGGCAUUCGCUCAGCAGUGCCCCCGGAGCACUCUCUCAUCCGUUCUCGAGUCCUCCAGCCCAGCAUGGAGGUACUUCUCCUCCAGCGCCUCGCGAACCAAGGCUGCUAGCAAAACCCAGCAAAUUAAACCCAAGGUGGUGCGCACGGCGCCUGAAGACAGCUUGAAGUUUGCCGGAAGGCGGCCAGAAGGAUUUGGAAAGCUCGAAAGAAAGGUCGCCAAGGAAGGAGAGAUUGUCUUGUUCCGGGCACCAUCGCAACGCGGAUACGUGUUGGGCGCUUACGGUAUUGCGGGUUUCUGCUUUGCCUACGCUGUAUACAAUUCCAAUGCCGUCUUCCGGGAUCCCCUUAUACCUCUCCCGAUGUGGCAGCAAGCUCUAUUCGGUGGUAUUUGCGUCACAAUGAGUGUUAUGGGUACGGUGUUCCUUUUCAAGACCACCCGGUUGAUCCGCGCCAUCAGGGCCGUCAAUGUCAACGGCCACACACAUCUUCGCUUCACAGUUCGAAGCGUGGUUCCGUUCCGCAAACCCUACGAGUUUGACGCCUUGCCGCGCCAAAUCGCUUUCUCCCGUCGUUUGGUGAUCUCGCCAGAUUCAUCCCCCGAUAUGCUUUUGGAAUCUAUUCCGGAUGCUCCUGGUAUUGCAGGAGAGCGCACUGUGGCUCAGGGUGAGCAAGCGAAGGUUAGCUUCUUUAAAGCUCCCUUCAAGAAAAUGAGCAUGUCUAUGUGGCGGUUGUUCCGGUCUGUUCGGCAGAUCUUCUCCCAGGAGGACUUCAUCCUUCUGGAAGUGGAGGGCCAGAAGGGCGUUCUGCGCAUGGAUUCUGGUGGAUACGUCUCCCAAGACUUUAUGCUUGUUGGCAAUCCUGUGAGUUUCCGGCGCUGAUAUGAAUACAAAGAGGGGGUCCCGGUAUUCGCUAUGAUAUCCUUCUUUUGAUGUCUAAUUACUCUACUUUUUGUCCUAUCACUUUCCAAUUAGCCUGCGAUACGGCAUGUCAGACCACCAUGUAUAUAUGGAAUGAAGAAAUAAACACAAGC